AUGGGCGAGAAGAUCAUCAACCCCGCUGCCAGCAAGGGCGGCGUGCAGGACCAGGUCGACGAGGUCCGUCUUGAAGCUGCUCUGGGCCACAAGCAGGAGCUGCGUCGUGGAUUCGGUCUCUUCAGCUUGACCAGUCUGGGGAUUAUCAUCGCCAACUCGUGGGCCGCAACUGGAGGCACCAUCGUCACUGCUCUAUACAAUGGAGGACCCAUGGCAGUGCUCUACGGUUUGAUCUUGGUUUCCAUCUUCUAUGGCCUGAUCUCUGCCUCAUUGUCCGAACUGGCCUCUGCCAUCCCCUCCGCUGGAGGUGUCUACCACUGGUCCACUGUCGUCGCAGGUAGACAUGGCCGUGCCACUGGAUUCUUCACAGGCUACCUGAAUGCGUGCGCGUGGCUGCUCUCCGCUUCGUCCAUGAGCUCGAUUCUCGGCAACGAGGCUGUCGCCAUGUAUCUCCUGCGCAACCCGGAAGUCGAAUGGCACAGCUGGCAGCCGUUUAUCGUCUUCCAGAUUGUUCUCUGGAUGUGCUGUGGUAUCGUGUGCAUGGGCAACCGCUACCUGCCGCUCCUCAACCGCAUUGCCCUGGUUCUGUCCAUGGGCGGUAUGUUCAUCACCAUUGUGGUCCUGGCUGUGAUGCCUCGUGGCCGUCGGGCGAGCAACAGGCAGGUCUGGAGGACAUACUACAACGAGACUGGCGGGUGGAACGAUGCCAUUUGCUUCCUGAGUGGUCUGCUCAACGCAGCGUUUGCCGUCGGCACACCUGACUGUAUCAGUCAUUUGUCUGAAGAGGUCCCCCAACCCGAACGCAAGGUCCCGCAAGGAAUCAUGCUCCAGCUCCUCACAGCUUUCGCCACGGCCUUUGUCUACCUCAUUGCCCUCUUCUACGGCAUUUCGGACAUCGACGCCGUCUUCAACAGCUCCAUCUCCUACUUCCCCACCGCAGAGAUCUACCUGCAAGCCACUGGCUCGACCGCCGGCGCAGUCGGCCUCAUCGCCCUCCUCUUCCUCGCCACCUUCCCAACCCUCAUCGGAACCCUCACCACAGGCGGCCGCAUGUGGUGGUCACUCGCGCGCGACAAUGCAACCCCAUUCGCGCCCUUCUUCGCGCGCGUUCACCCUACUCUUGAUGCCCCUGUCAACGCCACUGUCGGAAUGACAGUAAUGGUCUCGUGCCUCGGCUGCAUCUACGUCGGAAGCACAACAGCCUUCCAGGCUCUCAUCUCCUCGUUCAUCGUGCUGAGCACACUCUCUUACGCGGGCGCAAUCGUCCCACAUAUCCUUACGGGCCGCAAGAAGAUCGUCCCCGGCCCCUUCGCCAUGUCCGGAAUCUGGGGAUACAUCGUGAACAUUGGCUCCGUGAUCUACAUCGUCGUGACCGUUGUCUUCUUCUGCUUCCCAUUCGUCAUGCCCGUUACCGUGCAGAAUAUGAACUAUACUAGUGUCAUCACUGUCGGGCUCAUGACCCUUGUUGCAAUCUGGUGGUUUAUUCGUGGAAAUAGGGAGUAUAAGGGACCUGUUUAUAGUAUGGAGGCUGCGGAGAAGUUGGCGAGGGAAGGGGUUGAGGCUGUCAAGGUUGAGCCGAGUGUGGCUGCUGCUGCUUCGGAGUAG